AAUCUGUUAAGAGGAAUAGAAAACAAUUAACAAAAAUGGAAAUGGAAACUUCAGAAGAUUGGGAAUAUACAGGCACAGAAGAUGAACACAUCCCAAUCGAUCUCUUCUGUUCCAAAGAAGACGCCCGAGUUCCACGUGGCACCCUAGAGUUCACCAAUGCAUCCGGGAACAUGGUCUUCAAGGUGCAACAUCAACCACCCAAUCCCAAACUCUUGCUUGAUUCCAAUGAUAAUCCUCUAUUCUCAAUCCACCACCGUCAUAAUGGGACUUGGAAAUGUUAUAAGGGAAAUGGUGAUGAGAAUAAGGAGCUUGUGUUAAAAGUAAAGAGGACUCUGAAAACAAUUUCUAGAGUUAAGUUAAAGGUGUUUUUUGCUGGUGAGAGAUUAAACAAAGGCGUUUGCGAUUUAAAAGUUAUAGGUUCUCCAUUCAUGAGAUCAUGCAGCAUUUCUAAAGAUGGUGAUUUGGUGGCACAGAGUAGUCUGAUGUACAACCUUAUCGAAAGAUACCCCAGUAGGGAUAAAUUUCGCCUGACAAUCUUUCCUGGGAUCAUAGAUCAUAGUCUUAUUGUGGCUUUGUUUGUAAUAUUUUUGAAAGGAAGAAAAUAAUAUCAUUGACAACGACAUUCAAUUGCAAUUUAUUUAAACCGAUUAUAUGUAUUUGUCACUUACAGUUGCAAUGCAAGAAAAGGUUUUGAUUUGUGAUA